AUGUUCUCAUUCGACUUCUUCUUGGUAGUGAAAUAAAAUUAAAAAUGUCUACGAACAAUUUCUCCCUAGUGAAUACCAUCCAGAACAAUGUCGAACACCUCACCUUUGGAUGGGUUGAUUACUUCCUCUUCGUCACAAUGCUCUGCGUUAGUGCAGUGGUCGGCACUUACUUCGGAUUCUUCAGCAAGAAGCAAGAUACUACCACGGAAUACUUACUAGGAGGAAAAACCAUGAGCUAUUUACCAGUAGCGAUGAGCAUAACUGCUAGCCACUUGUCAGGAAUUACCUUGCUCGGAGUUCCCGCCGAGGCUUAUCGGUAUGGAACACAAUACGCAGCUUGCAUAUUCACCACAUUUAUAACUGGCGUCGUAACAUCGUACGUCUUUCUUCCGGUUUUCUACAAACUCCAGUUAACCAGUUCCUUCAAAUACUUGGAGAUCAGAUUCUCGAGAUCAGUUCGACAAUUUGCCUCGGUCAUCUUCAUUCUUAGUCUGAUACUUCACACUCCAAUCGUCGUUUAUGGACCAGCGUUGGCAUUUGCUCAGGUGACUGGUUUCGAUCUUCACUAUAUCGCGCUUAUCAUCGGACUUGUCUGUAUCUUUUACACGACUGUGGGUGGACUUAAAGCGGUGGUGUGGACGGACACAAUUCAAUUCACUGUGACAGUGAUCACUCUCUUCACCGUGCUCAUUCUUGGCAUAAUCUCGAUCGGUGGAUUUCAAGAGAUUUGGCGUAUAUCCGAAGAAGGUGGCCGAAUUAUAUUCUUCGACAUGAACCCCAGCCCGUUCGUUCGAACUAGCUUCUGGGGUAUUUCGAUUGGCAUGACGACAACCUGGAUUUCCGGUAUAGGCAUCAGUCAGAAUUCUUUACAAAGAUUUCUUUCAGUACCAUCUCUCUCAGAUGCCAGAAUAACCAUUUGUCUCAUGUGUGCUGGUAUAAUCGUGGUAAAAGGCAUUUCUGUCUAUACCGGGCUAAUAAUGUACUCCAAAUAUCAUGACUGUGAUCCGAUUGUGACAGAGGCAGUAGCCCAACCAGACCAGAUUCUACCCUACUACGUGAUGGACGUUGCCGGUGGAAUUCCCGGGUUGCCAGGUCUCUUCCUCGCUGCUCUCGUCAGCUCCGCCUUGUCAUCCAUGAGCAGUGCCUUGAAUACAGUGGCUGGAACGAUAUGGGAAGAUUUCAUCUCCCGUUGGGUGCCGGAAAGUCCAACGAAGGAACAAACGGCAACAAGGGUUAUGAAGGUUACCGUCGUCGUGUUGGGAAUGCUCUGCGUUGCCCUGGUCCUGGUAGCCGAGCAGUUGGGUGACAUAUUCACAAUGUCCUCGAGCAUGACUGGUGUGACUUCCGGGACUACUCUCGGCUUAUUCACCCUCGGGAUGUUAGUCCCAUGGGCAAAUAACAAGGGCACCAUAAUCGGAGGUGUCGUGGGCACCAUCGCAUCAGCGUGGAUUGUUAUGGGUGCCCAAAUUCACAAAAUAAAAAAGAACAUACGGUACGACCCGCUGCCAACGUCCACGGAUAACUGUCCGUAUACAUUGAACAUUACUGACCGGAUCCAGCCCACGCUACCCCCUAUGGAGCCGGAAGACGAACCCAUGAUCCUCUUCACCGUUUCUUUCCUCUACUACUCCCUUAUCGGCUACGUAACUGUGGUUAUUUGUGGUAUCAUCGCGAGCUUUGUCACCGGUAUUCCAGACCCCAAGGAUCUGGACAAGGAUCAUUUUUCGCCGAUAAUACACAGAUUCCUGCCCCGAGAAAAAUACGCAGGCGUAAAGAUGACGCCGAUUCCCACGAUACCAAGCAAUCCUGACAAGGAAAAGGAGGCUAUGCAAUGACCCACGCUGAAAACCAUUGGAUGUGAAUCUCAUCGUCCAUGCUUGAAAAUUAGUCACAUGUCAUUUGCCUACGCAAACUAUAAUGUAACAAAAUUAGUUUUAAGAUAUUUUUAAUAAAGCAGAACGGGCAAUGUAAAGA